GUCUCUAUGGGCAUAUGCGGGGUUGGGCGGCGCAGCGACCAGGAAGACUGAGCGCCGCAGUAAGAGGAAAAUAACGCCAGAUAAUUAGAAUAAUAUGAUAUUAAUGCAGAAAACACUGAGCGGGAGCCUUUAGGAACACCAGCUGAGCCCGGUGUGUGCAGGUUGCCAUUAUGGAGGAGACGAAUAGAGAGGCCGUUGCCACAGCGGUGCAGAGGGUGGCGGGGAUGAUCCAGCGAUCAGAUCAACUGGAUAAAGUUGAGCAGUACAGACGAAGAGAGGCACGAAAGAAAGGAUCUGUAGAGGCCAGACUUAAAGCUGCAAUCCAGUCCCAGUUGGACGGAGUUCGAACAGGCCUCACUCAGCUGCACAACGCUCUGUGUGAUGUGAAGGACAUCCAGAACUCGUUAGCAGACGUCAGCAAGGACUGGAGGCAGAGCAUCAACACCAUCGAGAACCUGAAGGAUGUUAAGGAUGCUGUGGUCCAGCACAGUCAGCUGGCCUCUGCAGUGGAAAAUCUCAAGAACAUCUUCUCAGUUCCAGAAAUCGUGCGUGAGACCCAUGAUCUGAUCGAGCAGGGCGAGCUCCUGCAGGCUCACCGCAGACUGAUCGAUCUGGAGUGUUCCCGCGACGAUCUGAUGUACGAGCAGUACCGCAUGGACAGCAAGAACACCCACGACAUGAACCUGAUCCGCGCCUACUUCGGCCAGGUGCAGGGCCUCUCCGACGAGCUGGCCAAGCAGCUGUGGAUGGUGCUGCAGCGGGCGCUGGUCACAGUGCGCCGCGACCCCACCAUGCUCGUGUCCGUGGUGCGCAUCAUCGAGCGCGAGGAGAAGGUGGACCGGCGCAUGCUGGACCGCAAGAAGCAGACGGGAUUCAUUCCCCCCGGCCGGCCCAAAUGCUGGAAGAGCCGCAUGAACCAGGUUCUGGAGGGCACGGUCAGCGGCCGCAUCGAGAGCACCCAGUCGGAGACGCGGGACUCGGAUAAGAUGUGGCUGGUGCGGCUGCUGGAGCUCACGCGCAAGUACGUUCUGGACGACCUGAUCGUGGUGAAGAACAUGAUGGUGCAGUGCUUCCCUCCACACUACAACACCUUCCAGCUCUUCUUUGACCUCUACCACCGGGCGCUGUCGGCACGGAUUCAGGAGCUCGCUGCAGAGGAUCUGGAGGCUAAUGAGAUCGUGUCACUUCUAACCUGGGUCCUCAACACUUACCAGAGCGAGGAAAUGAUGGGCCACCCAGACCUAUACCCUGAGUGUGACAAGAACCAGUUAGAGCCAUUGCUGCCUCAGGAAAUGGUGGACAUUCUGCUUGGCAAAUACAUGCAGACUUUCACUUCCAACAUCACAGGCUGGCUGCGGAAAGCUCUGGAAACAGAUAAAAAGGACUGGCAGAAGGACACAGAGCCAGAGGCAGAUCAAGAUGGAUACUACCAGACCACUCUACCUGCUAUUGUCUUCCAGAUGUUUGAGCAGAACCUGCAAGUGGCAGCUCAGAUCAACGAGAGCUUUAAAGAGCAGGUGCUGAGACUCUGUCUCAAACAGAUGACCUCAUUCCUGGUGAGGUACAGGGAUGAGGCCAUUGCCUACAAGGAGGAGCAUCUGAAAGAUCGGCAACUCCCACAGUGCUACGUUCAGUACAUGAUCGCCAUCAUCAAUAACUGCCAAACGUUUAAGGAGUCUAUAAACAGCCUGAAACGGAAAUACUCAAAGUCUACAGAGCCCACCCAGAACGACGCUCAGAUCGAAAAGACCCUGAAUGAGGUGGCCAAAGAGGGUUGCCAGUUCCUCUUAGAUGAAGUCUUCCUGGAUUUAGAUAAUCAUCUGAAUGACCUGCUGACACGGAAGUGGCUGACGGGGUCUCAUGCGGUGGACACUAUCUGUGUGACGGUGGAGGAUUACUUCAAUGACUUUGCUAAGAUCAAGAAGCCUAAUAAUCAGGAGAUGACGACUGAAGCUCAUCGGCGUGUCGUGGUGGAGUACCUGAAGGCCGUCAUGCAGAAACGCAUCACAUUUAAAAACGCAGAGGAGAGGAAGGAGGGAGCGGAGAGGAUGAUCAAAGAGGCCGAGCAGUUCAACUACCUCUUUAAGAAGCUCUCUGCUGGAGAAGACACAGACUGGCUGUGUGGCUCCAUCACUGCGAUCGCGGAGGUGUUCAAGCUGACUGAUCCCAGUCUUCUCUAUCUGGAAGUCUCCACCCUGGUCUCCAAAUACCCAGACAUCAGGGAGGAGCACAUCCUGGCCUUGCUGGCCGUUCGAGGCGACGCUACUCGUGAUAUGAGGCAGAUGAUCGUGGAAACUCUGAGCCAGAGUAAACCUUCUUUCUCCACAAACUCCACACCGGUCUUCAGAGACAUCACCGUCCCUACUAUCGCCACCAUGACCGCCAUGGCUGUACCUAAACUGCUGAAAUAACCCAAUACUCCCGGACCUCUGAGGAGCGACCAGGCCAACAAACCUAAAGAGAGAGAGAGAGAAAAAAAAACUCAACAUCUUCAGGAUGCAGCCUGUAAGAAUUCAGUGUCUCAGUGAGCUGCUCCUGAGGAACAGCUGCUCAGGAGGACUACAGGACAGGUUAUUGCUUGAUGUACAGAAAACUCCCAUCAACCUUAUUUUCCUCCAAACACGGUAUCCAUGGUAGGGUUGAACAAAAUAAUAUUGAUAUAGCGAUAUAUCGUAUUGCUUUAGUUUGCAAUAUGUGGCAACAAAUAGUCAUUUUUUAUUGACCUAUAGGCAUGGUGAACUCUCUAAAACUCAAACUUUCUUUCUGAAGCUACUACUUAUAUAAUAUAUAACUACUAUAAUCAGGUGAAUAGGGUAAACCUGGGCUCAUUUAGUAGUAUUUUAUCGUCUUCAGCAACAAUAACAGCACCGUAGAGAAUUGUCUUGUGAUAUACCGAGUAUCGUAGGAUCAAAUUGUCGCAAUAUAAUCUUUAUUUUGAUCAAAGUAUCUGAUUUACUGAAUAUAUUUGAUGCCACAUAUUGAUAUGAUAGUGAAAUACUGCAAUAUAUCGCAAUAUUAAUAUAUAUUGUCCGGCCCCUAUUCUCACCUCUGGUGCUGGGUGAUCCUGAUCUUAAAGGAGAACUCUGGUGUAAAAUGGACUUUUGUUGUAGUAAAACAUGAUAAAAGUUCUUACCUUUGAUGAAUAGCACGCCUCCGUUCUCCCACAGCGUUCCGAGAUCCAGAAAUGUUAGUUUGUCCAAACACCCUUCAGACUGGGUGAUACAGGGCAUAAUUUAUCCUGAAAAAUAACUUUUUCCACCGUUAUCCAGCUCAAAGUAGCUCCACACCUCCUUGCUAGAAUCCGGAGAGCCCUGACAUUUAAAACGAGGCAUUAAUAACUUAAAAAGUUAGUGUGCUAUUCAUCAAAGGGAAGAACUUUAUCAUGUUUUACUACAACAAAAGUCCAUUUUACACCAGUACAUUGAGGUUAUUACAGAAGCAUAUGACCACAAUACUAUUAUUUGUAUUAUAGUGUGAUGCGUCCCCAACAGCUAAACCCCGCCCACAUUAAUCGCACCACUGCCCCUGACGGAUCAUACUUAAUACCGGAAUGUGAGACCAUUCUGUCCACCGUCCGGAGGAGUUAGCUGAGCACACUUGCUGCAUUAACAAGCUAAUGGAUAUUGGAUAUGGUGCCUCAAAACUAGGUGCCUCAUCUGGAUUUGAACCGAGGACUCUGUGCAGAGAAAACUCUUAGAAGACUCUUAUCGUAAAUGGCUCCGCCUCCAGCUGAAAUUAUGUUCUGAUAAAAGCUAUGAAAGAAAAGAAAAGAAAAA